GAUUAAUCUUUGCUUUAUUGCUUUCAAUGAUAAAAGUAAUGACUGUUGUGGAUACGAAUAUUAUAUGAGAAUGAUGAUCCAUUCAGAUAAAAACAUUUUCAUUUGAUAUGCUUGAAGGUUUUUAUAUCUGAGGUUUUUCGUGUACCUAUAAUUAUGGAGAUGGAAGAGCAUUCAUUAGCACUGAAAGUAAUGCGACUGACUAGACCCACUCUGACAAGUCCCUUGCCCAUAACUUGUGAAAGCAAAGAUUUACCUGGAAAUUUAUUCAACAAUGCCCUUCAGCAAGAUCCAACCUCAGUUGAGGGAGUUGAAACAUUAUGCUGUGGACAAUUCUUACUACUCCCACAGAGUCCUGUGAAUAUUUAUUUGGGAGAGACUUUUUCUAGUUACAUUUGUGUUUUCAGCGAAACUCAACAAGUUGUUAAAAAUAUUCAAGUCAAGGUUGAUCUUCAAACAAGUGCCCAAAAAUUAUCAUUAUCUUCAAAUCCACCAAUUCCAGAAUUGGUCCCUGACGACACAAUUAAUAUCAUUAUCCAUCAUGAAGUGAAGGAAAUUGGAAUGCAUAUUUUGGUUUGUGAAGUAUCUUAUAACAAUGUGAUGGGAUUGAGUGCAACCUUCAGGAAAUUUUUUAAGAUUCAAGUAUUGAAGCCUUUGGAGGUGAAAACAAAAUUUUAUAAUGCUGAAAAUGAUGAUGUAUAUUUAGAAGCUCAGGUUGAAAAUAUUACAAUGGGUCCCAUAUACUUGGAAAAAGUUGAUUUAGAUGCUUCUCAAAGCUAUAAUGUUACAUCAUUGAACUAUACUACUGAUGGUGAGAACAUUUUUGGACCUUCAAUGUUAGUAAAUCCACAGUCUAUCUGUCAAUUUUUAUAUUGCCUGACUCCAAAUGAAGAUGUUAAAACUCUGCGUGAAUCUCCAAAUAUUGGGAAGUUGGAUAUUGUAUGGAGAUCUAACUUAGGUGAAAAAGGGAGAUUACAAACCAGUCAGCUUUCAAGAAUGGGUCCUGAAUGUGGGGACAUUCGUUUGUUACUUAAAGAAUUACCAAACUUUGUGGUGUUAGAAGAACCUUUUGUGAUGAAAUGUGAAUUGAUAAAUAAUUGCGAAAGAGCUGUGGAAUUAAUGCUCUAUUUUGAAAAUGUGAAAGGAAUUGCAUGGUGUGGGAUAUCUGGGAAGAAAUUAGAACCUCUAGCUCCAAAAUCCAAGAAAAUCUUAGAGUUUAAGGCUGUUCCUUUAAUUCCUGGUUUGACCACUAUAUCUGGCAUUACAUUAACAGAUACCUUUUUGAAAAAAUCAUAUUCUUGUGAUCCACUAGGCCAAGUGUUUGCAGUUAUUGAUGAUCAUAAAUUAUGUAAGAGUUGAAUAAUUUUCCAUAGAAUAUGAUCCACCAUUGAAAUUUUUUUAUUUAUUGAUUUGUUAAGUCAAGAAAUUAUAUGGAGUUACUGACUGUUA